UACGUCGCGCAUUCAAGCAUUUUUUUUUUGUGUCUAAUUGGAACGAAAAUUGGUUAGCUGCAGUGAGAAAAAAAACCAUUUAAAAUGGUUGAAAAUUGUGGCAAUAAUAAUCUAAGUCCUUAGGAAACUGCAAGCAAUAAAAUAUUGCUUCAUUUGUUAGAUUUAUAUUAAAAUAAAAAGUAAAUCAAGCAUUCAGUCACACCUACAUGCUCUUACGCACACAGGCGAAAGAAAAACUGGUUCUAAUAUCACAACACAAAGAAGCAACAGCUUAAGUUCUCCCCACCAACAAAAAAAAAAAAGAAAAAUGGACAGCAUUAAAGCAGACAGCUUUAUUAAAGCUGAAGAAUGUCGUCCCAUGGCUUUGAGCCAAAAUGCUGGCGGAGGAGGAUCUGGUGCAGGUGCAGGAAGCGGACAAUCAACCUCUAACACUGGCCCAGUAUCGUUAAGUGUGGAACUAUGUUUGGUUUGUGGCGACCGCGCCUCUGGACGGCAUUAUGGGGCCAUUAGCUGCGAGGGAUGCAAAGGAUUCUUUAAGCGUUCCAUACGCAAGCAAUUGGGCUAUCAGUGUCGCGGGGCAAUGAACUGCGAGGUCACCAAACACCAUAGGAAUCGUUGCCAAUUUUGUCGACUGCAAAAGUGUUUGGCCAGCGGCAUGCGAAGUGAUUCUGUUCAGCAUGAGCGAAAACCGAUCGUGGACAGAAAAGAGGGCAUUAUCAACACGAAUUCAGCUGUUGGAGCAUCAUCCAGCCCAGCAAGUGGAGCAACAUCCUCAAGUGGUGGUGGCGGUGCAGGAGCUGGUGGUGGUGGCGGCGGCGCCGGCGGCUAUUCGAACAGCAGUGGCAAAUCCGCAUACCAACAAGGACGUGGCAAACAUAGUGUCAAGGCGGAAUCGGCAAGUGCCUCACUCUAUCAGCAUGGAACCGCAAACAAUACGCCACCCAUACAAAGUGGAGCAGCGGCGGCAGCAGCGGCUUUCAAUCUUCAAGAGAAUCUAUUUCCAAUGGGCUUGAAUUUUGCUGAACUAACACAGACGUUAAUGCUGGCCACUCAACAGCAACAACAACAGCAGCAGCAGCAGCAACAACAACAACAGCAGAGAGAACAGCAACAAAGCGGAGCCUAUUCUCCAGAGCUGGCCAAGACCGAAAUGGAUGAGGAUGAGGACGAUUCAAUGGACAAUAGUAGCACAUUGUGCCUCCAAUUGCUGGCCAAUAGCGCCAGCAAUAAUAAUUCCCAGCACUUGAAUUUCAAUGCUGGUGGCUCAGGAGCUGGCGGUGGAGUAGCUGGAGCUAGUGGCAGUGGUGGUGGCGCUGGUGCUGGUAGUGAAAGCACGCCCUUGUCCACAACAGCCACCACCGUGGCCCUCAUACAGAAUUCCUUUGAUUUACGCAUCAUACACAAGGCACUGCAGUUGCUUCAACCCAUUCAACAGCAGCUGGAAAGGAAUCAGUCAGAUCGUAUUCAAAUCAAACCCGAAUGUGAUUCUGAGGCAGAGGAUUCUGGUACAGAGGAUGCCCUAGUUGAUGGCGAUUUGGAGGCAAUGGAUCUAGAUUUCGACUAUUGCUCAUCAUCCCAACAGCGUGGCACUGGAUCGGACUUUGUCUAUAAUGAAGUAAUCUUUGAGCAAGAUUUACUUACCGAUGCUCAGUUGGCGUUCCAUGUCCAGCCUCCAGCUUUGGUUCAUUCAUAUCUGAAUAUGCAUUAUGUCUGCGAGACUGGGUCCAGAAUUCUCUUCCUAACCGUGCACACAUUGCGAAAGGUGCCUGUUUUCGAGCUCUUGGAUAUGGCGAGUCAAGUAAAACUACUGCGUCACUCUUGGCCAGGUUUAAUGGCCAUUGCCUUGGCCCAGUCGCAGGGGCAAAUUUCGGUAUCAACCAUUUUGGGUCAACUCAUCACGAGCAUACGUCAAUUGGCCGAUAUUGAGAAAAUCGAGCCACAAAAGAUAGCCAAAAUGUCGCAGGUGGUGCGAGCGUUGCACGAUUUCAUCCAGGAACUGCAGGGUCAGGAGGUUAGCCAACUGGAAUUCGGUUUGAUGCGUUUAAUUUUGACCUUCAAUCCGGCCCAGCUGCAGCAGCGGAAAGAGCGUAACAUCAAGAACUAUGUAAGGCGAGUACAAGCCUAUGCCUUGUCCUCGCUGGCCAGAGGCAAGGCCACCCGGCAGCAUGACCAGGACCAGGAUCAUGAGCCAGAGCAAGAGCAACGUUUCCAUGGUUUCAUAUCCUGUCUGCUGCCUUUGAGCAGCCUCGAUCCAGAUACCAUGGAGGAAUUGUUUUUUGCCAAUUUGGUGGGGCAAAUGCAAAUCGAGUCAUUGAUACCAUUCAUCUUAAUGACCAGCAAUACCAGUGGACUAUAGACUGACGAAUAAUGUCUAUGGAAAGGAGCAACAGUAAGCAAGACUGAAGAUGGACCAAUUACGGGCAAUACUUAGUUUUUAAAAACAAAAUAUAAAUACCGAAAAAAGAAAAAUUUAUACUUUGGCUACUCCAAAGUUUCUAUACGCAUGCAAGUCGGACUAUACAUAUAUAGAUAUUGUCAGACAAAUUACUUGAACUAUAUAUAAUAUAGUGGGCAGGUUAUAUGGGUAGGUUACCUUUCUCAUUGAGGUCCUUUAGGCAUUAGAUAUAGACUGUUUGCAUGAGUAUAAAAUACAUAUAAAGAAAUGUAAUGGGAUGGUAAUC